AAAAUCCAAGAGCGAUGAUAUUAAAACGAAAAUGAUGGCUGUAGGUCCUGAAAAUGUUAAAGUAGUUAAAUUAUCUCUAGAACCUAUUAUAAAUCAGAUGGAAAGCAUUUUGAUGGAAUGGAUUACUAAGAAUAAAAAUGAUGUUGAACUUGAGUAUUCGACCAUUAGAUCAAAGGCUUUAGAAAUUGUUGAAGAUCUUGCAAAAAAUAAUGAGCGAAAAAUAGGAAAUGUUUCUGUUUAUCUUCAGAGUUAUAACUUCAAUGCUAGCAGAGCUUGGUAUGAACGAUUUCUUAAAUGUCACAAUUUACAGAAAAAAUCUAGAAAAGAAUGCAUAAUAAUGAGGGAAAAAAACGUCAAAGAUGUAAUAAAUCAAGAUCCAAUGUUUGCUGACGAUAUGAGUUACCGAAGUCAUAUCAGCCCCGUUUCAUCCUCAAUGGAAUCUACUUCGAUUGGAUCUCCUAAUUCGAGCUCCAUGUCUCCGUAUUCAGUAAAUGAAAACUCACCCGAUCCAAGCAGAUAUGUAAUGGCUGAUAUUCCCCAUAAUACAGAGAUGUCUUUUUUAUUAAAUGAUAAUCCACAAGGAGAGGCACAUCUAGUGAUACUGGAACAACCAACAGACAAGUUUCGAUUUAGAUAUCGUUCUGAAAUGAUGGGUACACAUGGCAGCCUAAUGGCCAAGAGCUCAGAAAGAAUGAAAAAAGUGUAUCCUACUGUAGAGUUAAGAAACUAUUCUGGUCCAGCAAUCGUAUCUUGCUCAUUAUAUCAAGUCACUGAACAAAAUAGAUCUCCACAUUCCCAUCAUCUCGUAUUGAAGAACUCUCAAAAUUCUGAGGAGAUCAGAGAUCCUCAUAAUAUCGAAGUUCAUGAUGGUACAGGUUAUAUUGUUGCUUUUCCUGGUAUGGGAAUUAUACACACAGCCAAAAAAUUCAUAGCUGAUGAAUUAUACAAUAAAAUGCUCAAAGAUUUUGAUCGGCGCAAAAAACCAUUGAGACAAAGUGAAAAAAUAGAGUUGAGAAAUCAAUGUAUGCAAGAUGCAAAGUAUAUGAACUUGAACUCAGUAUGUUUAUGCUUUGAAGCAUUUAAUGCUAUAACAUGGGAACCUAUUUGUAAACCAAUUUAUUCUACACCUAUUAAUAAUAUGAAAAGCGCUAUGACUGGAGAUCUUCGCAUAUGCAGACUCAGUCGUCGUUUUAGUUCUGCGAUGGGAGGCGAAGAAAUAUUCUUAUUCGUUGAAAAAGUAUCAAAAAAAAAUAUUAAAGUAAAAUUCUAUGAGUUGGAUGAGGAUGAUUGUGAAGUAUGGAAUGCUUUUGGAUCGUUCAGUGAAUUUGAUGUUCAUCACCAGUAUGCAAUUGCACUUAAAACGCCACCAUAUAAAGAUCAGAACAUUCAAGAAGACAGAAAAUGUUAUAUUCAGUUACUGAGACCUACUGAUAAUAGUGUUAGUGAACCACUAGAUUUUUUGUAUAAACCAUCAGCUCGUAUAUUGGGUUCUGAUCGCAAAAGAGUACGCAUGGAUUCAAACUUCAAUAGCGAUGAAUUUUUGAGUACUUUGCCAACAGUGUUAACCAGUAUGAAUUUAUCGACACCAGAAUUCAUCAGUAAUGAAUACAGCUCAUUGACACUUUGCGAGAGUGAUAUGAAAGAUGCUAUGAACUCUGAUGAAUUUAAAAACUUUCUUGAGAUGGUUCAUAAUGAUAUAAGCAACACAAGAAGUUUGGACUCCCAGGGGGAAUCCGAAUCAGAAAGUUCGUUGACCACAGAUUGUAUGGGGCGCAGCAAACCAACUGUUUCUACCUCUGAAGUUAGAAUAGUACAUGCUCAGAUGGCUGAUAUGGUACAAUUAUCCAAUCAAAACGUUUAUAUUGAACAACAAAGUUCUGAUAAGGUUGAAAUUCUUGAACCAAAUACACAAAAGGGAAAAAAAAUUGUGAAAUUGCGAGGUGGACGCCCUUCACCAUCAAAUGCUGAUAUUGAAUCAAAGAAGUUUGAAGACACUUCAAAGAAAUCUGGUAAUGAAAAACCAGUACUAAAUAGGAAGGACAAGUCAGUAGAAUCUCAAAGAGAAUUUUUCAGAAGUCUUAAUAAUUUACGUGGAGGCUGGUUGCCACCAAAUGAUGAUGAUUCUGGAUCUAAAACAGGCAAGGAAGGGAAAUUCUUGGAUUAUCUCAAAUUAAAGAAAGUCAAUGAUAAUGAUAAUGCAGAUAUUGAACGUUCUAUAAAUAUAGCAAAGGAAAGAUCUACUAAAUUGCAAACAUUCAUUGAUUUUGAAAUUAAACAUCAGCUAAUAAUGCUUUUGAAGAAUGUAAAGGAUCCUACAGCUGCCAAUGACUCAAAAACUAAGAGAGAUAAUGAAUCUGCUGUUACAAAAUUAUUCAUGACCGGAGAAAAUGGGAAUACGGUUUUGCAUGGAGCUGUGGACCUGGAUGAGAUGAGCAUAGCACGAGAUAUGUUAGAUUUGCUUGUUCACUGUAAUUUAAGUGAAUUGCUUAAUGUUAAGAAUCAUUUUGGAAAAUCUAUACUUCAUGCGGCCAUCGAGAAAAAACAUUAUACAUACAUCAAACCUCUUCUUGCAGCAGGAAUAAAUCCUAAUAUUACUGAUGAUGAUGGGAACACUCCAUUACAUACAGCAGUGCGAGAAAAGUGUUUGAAUGCAGUAACUCAUUUGUUAAAUUCAAAGUCCAAACAUAAAGUUGAAAUUGAUGUUGAAAAUAAUGAUGGUAAAACAGCUCUUCAUCUAGCUGUGGCUGGAGGAAACUGCCAGAUUGUUGCAAAGCUGUUGGCCAAAAAUGCAGAUGUAAACCAUGGCGAUGCGCUCAAUGACAAUACUGCAUUACACAUUGCAGUCGAAAAUAAUCAUCCUGAUGUUGUGAAAAUUUUAUUGGAUGUUCCAAAUAUUUCAGUUGAUGAAUACAAUCGGCAAGGACAUACGCCCCUGCAUUUAGCUUGUGUUAUAAAUAGUGGAAAAGGAUCUGAAAUCAUUGUUCACAAGCUUCUUGAGGCUCAGGCUGAUCCUUUAAUGCCGAUGGAUUCGGUGAAACACGAACCAAAAAGUGAUGACGAAGAUUCUGAUCAGGAAGAUCGAUUGGAGAUUGGCAAUGCUUUUGAACUAGCUACAUCAAAUCCUCAAAUUCUAGAGUUAUUAAAAAAAUAUACCAAGAACCGAGAACAAAGUUCCGAGUCUGCAAGGGUUUCCGCAAAUGCCGAGAUCUUCCACGACGCCUUGGACCAAGAGUUUGCCCAAAUAAAAAUCGAACACAACGACGUGUGCUCCUUCGACGAGGACACUGUGAUUCAAUUGUCAAAAAUUUUGGACAAAUCGGAAAAUUGGAUAAAUGUGGCAGAAAUGCUCGGAUUUACAACACUUAUGAACUUCGUCGACAAAGAAUCGCAAAGUCCAACUAGAAUCCUACUGGGACAUAUAGAGAUUCUAGAGUUAUUAAAAAAAUAUACCAAGAACCGAGAACAAAGUUCCGAGUCUGCAAGAGUUUCCGCAAAUGCCGAGAUCUUCCACGACGCCUUGGACCAAGAGUUUGCCCAAAUAAAAAUCGAACACAACGACGUGUGCUCCUUCGACGAGGACACUGUGAUUCAAUUGUCAAAAAUUUUGGACAAAUCGGAAAAUUGGAUAAAUGUGGCAGAAAUGCUCGGAUUUACAACACUUAUGAACUUCGUCGACAAAGAAUCGCAAAGUCCAACUAGAAUCCUACUGGGACAUAUAGAGAACACUGGUCACCUGAGCUACCAGACUUUGAUCGAUAUAUUACAGGGUCUAGAUGAGUUAGAGUGUGCAAACAUAAUCAAAUCCAUUGUACAAAGGACAAAUACCAAUCCGUAAUUUUUUAAAAUUGACAAUUAUUUGUGAUGAAUUAAUAUUUGUUAUGAGAUUUUUUUACUUUAGUAAUAUGAAACACUACAUUUAAUGUUGGAUAUUUAAUCAUGGAUAGGUAAGGAUGAUUUUUUUAUGCUAACUGCUCUCUCUAGCUACACACAUGAAUUCAAUUAUUACAAAAUGAAAUUAUGAAAUUUUAAAAAUAUAGCUUUGUUACUUUACAGAAUAAAAU